AUCUCUCUUUAAUUGAACCAUCUCUGAUCUGAGUCUCAUUACAUAGGUGUGUAUGUGUGCUGAGCGAGAGACCCAGUCUUUAGGUGUGUAAGAAAGACUGAGUGGCGCACGCGACCCCAAAGGACAAAGGUCCAGCGCACAUAGCGCCACCUCUCCUCCGAAGGCUCCAAACCACAUGCACCGGAACCCCCUCACUCUCGCCCACGCCCACUGCAACCAUUAGCUUAGCUCCCUCGUCUCUUCCUACUCUCCUAACUCAACUCCUAUUCCUACUACUACUAGUUGCGCCUCCUCCUAGUAUUAUAUAUAAUUUAUUAUUAUUAUUGCUGUUGUUGUUAUUAGUUAUUACUACCGCUGCUACUGCCCAAAUCUCAAUGCCUUUUCUUAGCUUCAAGAAAACAGAGUGAGAAAGACUCAAAAGAGAGAGAGAGAGAGAGAGAGAGAGAGACCCAUCUGCGUGUUUCUCACUCAAAUCAGUUUUUGAACCGAAAACGAAGAUUCAGACUGCGAAUUGUCAACUGGGUUUUUGUUUUUGAAGCUACAUAUUUGGAUCCAAAGACUUAACCCUCCUCCUCCUCAGGUUUCGCCUCACUCCGCUCUUAACGGUCACUUUCAGACGCUUCUUCAAUCUCUCUCUCCUGUUAUUUUUAUCAUCUUUUGUCCUCACUAUAAGCAUUAGAGUUUUCAUUCUCUCCUGGCUCAGUUUGGCUUUUUGUUUUCAUUCUCUCUGUUACGCUUUGUGCUUAUUUUUGUCAAUUUAUACGAUUUAACGAAGGAGGCCUUCAGUUUCUUUGGUCUGUUAUUUUUCUUUUUCUUCUUCUACUGCCGAAGUCACUGAUCCGUACAAGUCUGGGUGUAAAGUUCACAAGGGAAGAAUAAUCAUAGAUGUUGACGUGUAUAGCUUGCUCGAAGCAACUCAACAAUGGAUCUCUGAACCAUAAAGGAGAAGAAGAUCCGGUGGGUGGGACUCCCAGAUCAAAGCAUGCCAUCAAGAAUCUUACUGCUCAGAUUAAAGACAUAGCGUUGAAGGCCUCGGGGGCUUACAAGAAUUGCAAGCCCUGCUCUGGGUCAUCGAAUAACCGGAACUGUGCUGAGUCCGAUGCGGCUUCGGACUCGGCAAGGUUCCAUUGUGGGUACAGGAGAGCAGGGAGCUCAAAUUCUACGCCAAGAGUUUGGGGUAAAGAAAUGGAGUCAAGGUUGAAAGGGCUUUCAAGUGGAGAAGGGACACCGGCGUCGGUGAGCGGACGAACCGAGUCAGUUGUGUUCAUGGAGGAAGAUGAGCCCAAGGAAUGGGUUGCUCAAGUGGAACCUGGUGUCCUCAUAACUUUUGUUUCAUUGCCUCAGGGAGGGAAUGACCUCAAGCGCAUUCGGUUCAGCCGAGAAUUGUUCAAUAAAUGGCAAGCACAAAGAUGGUGGGCAGAAAACUAUGACAAGAUUAUGGAAUUAUACAACGUUCAGAUGUUCAAUCACCAAGCAGUCCCACUUCCCACCCCACCUAGAUCUGAAGAAGAGAGUCCAAAGAUUGAGUCUGCUAGGGACAGCCCUAUGACUCCCCCUCUGGGCAAAGAACGCUUACCUCGCAACUUUCACCAAUUAGGGAUAAGCUACUCUUCAUCAGAGUCACUUGAUCACAACCUCAUGCAAUCCCGCCAUUACAAUGAUGCAGGGGCACUAGCUUCUACACCUAAACUUUCCAGCAUUAGUGGGAUGAAGACCGAGACAUCUUCAGUCGAUGGUUCUGCAAGGACUAGCUCAUCAAGAGAGGCAGAUCGCUCAGGCGAGCUCUCAAUGAGCAAUGCCAGUGACAUGGAAACCGAAUGGGUUGAGCAGGAUGAACCAGGAGUUUACAUCACUGUCAGAGCACAACCAGGUGGCACUCGGGAACUUAGACGUGUGAGGUUCAGCCGAGAAAAGUUCAGCGAAAUGCACGCAAGGUUGUGGUGGGAAGAAAACAAAGCCAGGAUACAGGAACAAUACUUGUAACUUAUGUCAUAUUCAGACAUGGAUAUGUGAAUGGCAUUAUCAAACAAAAUCAUCUUUAGAAGCAACACACCAACUUUAGCACACCAACCUCAUGAAGAAAGAAAGCAAUCAUAUGUCAAUGUGCUCUAGUUUCUUACUUUAGUUGGGUAUAUCAUAAAUCUUUGUGAAUUAUGGUUUUUUUUUUCUUUUCUUUUUUGUUCUUUUUGUUUUUUAGUCGGGUUGAUGCUGUGCAAGUCAUAAUAUCUGUGGAUAUAGCCAAGCCUGAACAGGUGUGGAAAAUGAAGAUGGUGGCAACUGUUAACUUUGUGAUAGUAAAAUUUAAUUUAUAGUGGGGAUAUUUCAUCAACUUUUUAUCUGA